AUGAGCAUUGACACUCCCGAAUUAACGCGUCUUGAGACGCUCCCAACGGAGAUUCUCCACGCCGUUGUCGACUACCUUCCACUCUGGGAUAUUAAAGAUCUUUCCUGCGCCAGCAAACGGCUCAGACAAGCCUCUCUGUCGAUCCUCUUUCGCCACGUGAAGUUUGAGUUCUCUCAGGCUGGGAUUGAGGGACUCAAAGACCUCUUGAAGUCAAAUGUUUGCGAACAUAUUGCCUCCUUUACAUACGAAUUCACAGAACUGUUGAAGACUGAAAUACUAGAUUUUGACCAUUUUAGGUCCAAUAUUUUAACUCCCGACAGCUACGUGGAUAUAGCGAAAGAUAAGUACGACGCGGGGUAUGAAGCAGAUGAAUUCCAUUCAUAUAUGGCGAUAUACAAAACCGCCCACGACAUUUGUAGUGAGCAGCGCAGCAUUAUCGAUGAGGGUGCUGACCUAAUUCUAUCAUCUAUCUUCUGUGCACUUCCUCUGUUGCAGGAGGUGAGAUUGUCCUUCUUUGAGGUGCUGGAAGAUGACGACUGCCUGUUGACCGCAGACAUUAUCAUAAAAGAAGAGUUUUACAAGCACCAUCUACAAGUCGUUUCGAGCGCCAUUCAGGCUGCCAGAAGUGCAGGCGUUGUCAUCCAUACCGUUAGCUUGUUGUACUUUAAGCUUCCAUUCUUCUGGAAAGAACCUAAUCUAGGCCCUCUAUCAGAGUCUCUAAGACAGCUGCUGGUGAACAUCAAGGUCCUACGCGUGCGUGGAGUUGACGACCGUGUACUGGAACUGCUGUCUCACUGCGCAUUUGAUCUGCAUCAGCUUGACAUGUGUCGAGUGGUGGCUCCUGAAAAGGUCAUCAAGGAUUUUUUCGAGACCAACAAGAAAUCCAUUCGUUCUAUUGGCUUUCACGACGUUGAAAUCCUUAAGUCGAAACUCCCAUAUAGGAAGACUUCACUGUCGGCAAGCAUGCUUUGCCGUAUGCUGGAUGUGCCACAAUCUACGCCUUGCCGAGCGGCUGAUUGCGGCUGUCUUCUCUGGUUGAAAGAGGGAUGGCGGCUGGGUGUUGGCGAGGGCUGCUCGCAGCUCUCCACUGGCACUUCGUGUUGAUAUUCCAUACAUGGCAGCUAAAUAGCAAUAGCACGCUGCAGCGCUGCUCAGAAUUUCAUCUUAACUACGCAUGUUCUCUACGACUCAACUUUUUCGACACUUUUUUCUGCUAUUGUUCGAAAUUCGUGAAGUGGUAAUCGCAUCUGUUGGGG